CGUACGGCAUAACGCAGUUUGUCUCUUUCUUACGGUAUUACAGGUAUUAUGCAAUGGAAAUGUGUGACGCCACUUUGGAUCAGCUGUUUCUGGAUCCGGAUAAUCCCAAAAAAUACAAAGGACGUAUCCCACCUUUCAUUGACAUUUUCCAACAGCUAGCUACUGGCCUGGCAUACAUUCAUUCAAAGCAAUUAACUCAUCGCGACAUUAAACCGAAUAACGUUCUAAUUAAGCGACGUCCUGGCCAAGAUGAAGAGGCAAUAAUCAAAUGGGCUGAUUUUGGAUUGUCCAAAAAGGUUACCGAACGGGGAUCAUACACUUUGACUACAAUAAAGGGAACCGAAAACUGGUACGCCCCGGAGGUGUUAAACUUAUUCUUGAACAAAAAUAAAAAAAAAGAGGAUAAAGAGGCAGAAAAGAAAAGAGGCACCGUCAAAAGCGAUGUGUUUGUCCUAGGCCUCGUUUUCGGUUACAUUUUCUUGGAGGGAGAACAUCUAUACGGUUCGAAGGAAGAAAUUCACGAAAACAUAAUUAGAAAAGAUCCGGUGAAUAUGAAGAAAAUUGAUAGCGAGCUGCGAAAGUAUUAUGAGGAUGACUUACUAACGAAAAUGUUGGAACACGAUCCAGAAAAAAGAAUGAAUUCGACAGAAGUCGUCAAUCAACUGGCAUCCAUUAAGAAUAAAUUGACUGAAAAAGAAACAAAAUUUCGACAACUUUUUGCUGGUUACACUUCGGCUGAUCUAGUUGGAAGAAUCAACGACUUAAUUCGCCUUAGAAUCGAUGUGAAUGCAAAGGGCAAAUAUGGUGAGAAUAUGCUCCAUUAUUUGUGUGAAUGGAAUUCAAGCCCAAAUUUAAUUGACGCCAUUCAGCUCUUAAUCCAACUGGGAAUCGAUGUGAAUGCAAAGGACAAAAGGGGAAAGAAUGUGCUCCAUUAUUUGUGUAAAUCAAGUUCAAGCCCAAAUUUAAUUAAAGCCAUUCAACUCUUAAUCCAACUGGGAAUUGAUGUGAAUGCAAAAGACUCUGUUUGGGAACGGAAUGCGCUCCAUUAUUUGUGUAGACGGAAUUCAAGCCUAAAUUUAAUGGACGCCAUUCAACUCUUAAUCCAACUAGGAAUUGAUGUGAAUGCACGGGACAAAUUGGAAAUGACUGCGCUCCAUUAUUUGUGUGGAUCACAUUCAAGCCCACAUUUAAUUGACGCCAUUCAACUCUUAAUCCCACUGGGAAUUGAUGUGAAUGUAAAGGACGAUCGUGGAUGGAAUGCGCUCCAUUAUUUGUGUAGAGAGAAUUCAAGCCCAAAUUUAACUGACGCCAUUCAACUAUUAAACCAACUGGGAAUUGAUGUGAAUGCAAAGGACGAUGAUGGAAUGAAUGCGCUCCAUCAUUUGUCUGAAUCAAAUUCAAGCCCAAAUUUAAUUGACGCCAUUCAACUUUUAAUAGAACUGGGAAUUGAUGUGAAUGCAAAGGACAAUGAUGGAAGGAAUGCGCUCCAUUAUUUGCGCAAACCAAGUCCAUGGUCAAAUUUAAAUGACACUCAACCAGCCAUUCAACUCUUAAUCCAACUGGAAAUUGAUGUGAAUCCAACGGACAAUUUUGAAAACGAUGCUCGAACUUAUGUACGCUAUGAAGAUUAGCAACAAGGGAAAAAUCGGGAAAAAAAGCCGACGCAAUAUUUCGUGAUUGAAUCAUAACUCGUUCCUAGGCGAUGCAAUGCACUUUAACGACGGAAAAUUAAAACAUGGCGACUAUCGCACACUCGGAAUUCUUUUGUCAUUUACCCCUAGAAAAAUCAA